AUGAAUAACAAGGAAAACACAGACCUAGCUCAUCGGCAGCAUGUAAAAUAUUUUAUGAGAUUUUUGAAUAUUUUGCCUUCCUCACUGUCGUCACAUGAUACAACCAGGGUAACAAUAGCAUAUUUCUCUGUAGCCGGUUUGGAUGUGUUAGGAUCCAUAGCAUCAAUUUCCUUAGAUCUACGGUCUAGAAUUAUUGAGUGGCUUUACUUACUGCAAGUCCAUCCAAACAAAGAAAAUGGAGACAUGUCGACCUGUGGUUUUCAAGGCUCGUCAACAAUAAACAUCGACUUGGACAGUGCAAAUAGUCACUAUCGUUGCGGUCAUCUCGCUAUGACGUAUACAGCUUUAUGCUCACUUUUGGCUUUGGGUGAUGAUCUAUCAAGGAUUAAUAGAAAAGCUAUUAUAAAUGGCGUAAAAGCUUUACAGACCGAAGAAGGCAACUUCUCGGCGACUCUGUCGGGCUGUGAGUCUGACAUGCGCUUUGUAUACUGCGCCGCUUGCAUCAGUUAUAUUUUAAACGAUUGGUCUGGCUUCAAUAUAGAGAAGGCGACGGAAUAUAUAAUCAAAUGUAUAGGCUAUGACAAUGGGAUAGCUCAGUGUCCUGAACUAGAAUCUCAUGGAGGGACAACAUAUUGCGCUUUAGCAACAUUAAGUCUAACUAAUCAAUUGGACAAGUUAUCGGAACAACAAGUUGACAGACUAAGAAGGUGGCUCGUUUUCAGACAAGUUGAUGGUUUCCAAGGCAGGCCGAACAAACCAGUCGACACGUGUUACAGCUUCUGGGUAGGUGCGUCCUUGAAAAUGUUGGAUGCCUUACAUUUAACAAACUACUCCAGUAACAGAAAGUACGUGUAUGAGACUCAAGAUUGUGUGGUUGGUGGUUUUUCAAAAUGGCCGGAUACGUGCACCGAUCCUAUGCAUACAUAUCUAGGCUUGGCUGGUUUAAGUUUGAUAGGAGUAAAUGGUUUGUUAGAGAUUGAACCCACUUUAAAUAUAACUAAAAGAGCGUAUGAACAUCUUAAAUACUUACACGAAAAAUGGGCUAGCGAGGCAUAG